AAUAGAAUAACUGAAAUUUAAAUCCAUAGUACAUACAAAACAUUAUUAUUAAUUAGGUAUUAUUUUGAAGUAAGCUACAAAGAUAUAAAUUUUAGCAUUUGAAUUCCCUACAUCCAGAAACUUACCAAAAAUAUCAAAUUCAGCUAGGUACCAAUUCAGCUACAAAGAUAGUAACGCCAUCUAUUGAGUAAAGAUACACAAUAGAAAACUCGUUUCUACUUUACAUUUUCUAUCGUCUUUGUCAUUAAAGAAAAUGGCGGUCGUGUUGAGAGCUGUAAAUAAUGAGUGGUGUUGUUUUUCUGUGUUAUAUUGCGUAUUAGUGACAAAAUGUAAUGCGUUAAUAAAGUGCUAUUAAGCGGACUUUUGUGGGAACUCUAAGUGUAAACAUAUUUUUGUUUGAAUUAUGUAAGAACAAGAACAAAACAUCGGUUGCAUUCAAUGAAUCGAGCUUCUUCGAUGCAUAAAAAUGGGAGUCUCCCAUAUUAUACGCAUUGUGACGACGAUUUUGAUGUUAUUGCGAUGUUUUACGCUCGCUGAAAAUAAUGAAUGCCCUCAAAAAUGUGACUGCUUGGAACAAUAUGUAGAUUGUUCAAAAAAAAAUUUGGUAAUCGUGCCAAGAAUUCCUAAGUGGGUGGAACAACUGGAUCUAAGCUACAAUAAGUUGAAUGAAGGCGUUACUGAAGGAUUGGAUAAGUUAAUAUCAUUAAAGAUAUUAAAACUUGACAAAAAUGCGAUACAACGCAUUCCGAGUUUUAUUGAUCAACAUCAAAUACAAGAAGUUAGUCUAAACAGAAAUAGCAUCAUGUCAAUAGACGUCGGCCGAUUUCCGGCAAAUAGUUCAAUGAGAACAUUGAGUUUAAAUAGUAAUCAUAUUAAAGUGAUUCAGGAUGGAGCUCUAAACAAUUUAACUAACCUUAUCACUUUAAAACUGAACAGAAAUGAAAUAUUAUCAUUACCUAAUCAUUUAUUUAUGUAUCAAUCUAAUUUGAAAACAUUGGAACUCAAUCAUAACAAACUGCAUGUUAUCAAUGGUCUACUUUUUCAAGGACUCUCCAAUUUGACUGUUUUGAAAAUCAAGUACAAUAAUAUAGAAAACAUCAUGGAUGGUGCCUUUUUUGGAUUUAAAUCUGUGAAUUUACUGCAAUUGGAUCACAAUAAAAUUAAAAGUAUAUCUAAAGGUUGGAUGUAUGGCCUUGAAUCGUUAACAACAUUAUCAUUGUCUAAUAAUUUAAUAUCACACAUUGAUAUUGGUUCCUGGGAGUUGUGUACAAAUUUAGAGGUGUUGGAUUUAUCUCAUAAUUAUAUAAUAGAAAUAGAAGGCCGUACUUUCCAACAUCUUACCAACCUCCAUACACUAAAUUUAAGUAGCAACAAUAUAUCAUCAAUAUCACAGGAAGCUUUUAGUCAUAUUAUACAAUUACAAUCACUUUACUUGAAUAACAACAAAAUAUCAUGGACUGUAGAAGACAUGUCUGGACCAUUUUCAAAAUUAACAAAUUUAAUAACUUUUAGUCUAUCUGCAAAUCAUAUUAAAUCAAUAAGCUCUAGAGCAUUUGAAGGCUUAACAAAUGUUGUAGAAUUGGAUCUAAGAAACAAUAAUAUUACAUCAAUACAACAGCAUGCAUUUGAUUCUAUGACAAAAAUAAGAAAACUCCAUUUUAACACUUCAUCUCUGCUUUGUGAUUGUAAUAUUCUUUGGAUGGUUAAAUGGAUUAGAGAGAAAUUAGAUUCAAAGUUUGUAACUGCUACAUGUGCAUACCCAGCUGAAGUUCGUGGUACAUUAAUAUCUAAACUUAAAGAAGAAAAUUGUGGUGAUUCACCUAAACCCAAAAUUGUGGAACAUCCCAAAUCUCAUUUAGCUAUCAAAAAUCGCUCUGCAAAUCUAGUGUGUUCUGCUACUUCAAAUCCUUUUAGCAAUAUGACUUUUCUAUGGAGAAAGAAUAAUGGCAAUGUUAGUAAUCCUGUGGUGUAUGAAAAUGUCACUUUGACGCAUAAAGGGCAACAAGCUACAUCUGUAUUAAUGAUUCCUGAUGUAUCACAUACAGACUCUGGAAAAUAUCAGUGUGUGGUAAGCAAUAAAUUUGGAACAACUUAUUCUUCAAAAGCUAAAAUGAAUAUUGUGACAUUUCCACGUUUUUUGAAAACUCCCACUAAUGUAACAGUGAAAACUGGUGAGACAGUCACAUUGAAUUGUGCUGCUACAGGAGAUCCACCACCAGAAAUAUCAUGGAAAAAAGAUGGUGGCAAUGAUUUUCCAGCAGCCAGAGAGAGGAGAAUGAAUGUUAUGCCAACAGAUCAUUUAUUCUUCAUAGUAAAUGCAAAAACUACAGAUAUGGGUGUUUACAGCUGUGCAGCAAAAAAUCCAGCUGGUACUAUCAUAGCAAAUGCAACAUUGACUGUUUUACAAGAACCCUCCUUCAUAAGAGUACUAGAGAAUAAAGAGGUAACUAGUGGUGAAUCAGUGGUCCUACAGUGUAUGGUCCAAGGGUCUCCAACACCAGUAUUAAAAUGGUUUAAAGAUGGCACUCCCAUUGUGCCCUCUGAACGUCAUUAUCUUACUGGUAAUGAUCAAUUGUUAAUUAUUAUUGGUGCCAAGUCAAGUGAUGCAGGUCAUUAUGAGUGUGAAAUAACAAAUGACUUAGGAACCAAAAAAGAUAUGAUAGAAUUGAAAGUAUUACCACCUGUUGCAAUAAUGGUCAAGGAGGAAAAUAUGACAGGUAUUAUUGUAAUAACGGUAGUGUGCUGUGCAGUUGGCACAUCAAUAAUUUGGGUUGUUAUUAUCUAUCAUACCCGCAGACGUAUGGCAGGUGCUGUGCGUAACUAUCCCACCGAAAGUGUGAAAAUGACACAAGUAGUGCAUAGUGACAGUGACUCUCCUCAUAUGUUCCCCGAUAAUAUAUCUGAACAUUCUUCAUGUAAGGACAGUGGUACAGGUGACUCUGCGAAACAAACUAGUUUUGAUGGUGUGCCCACUGAUAGAAGUGAACAAGUGCAUUUUGAGACUGCUUUAUGUCAUAGUUAUUCCCCAGUGCCAGAAGCACAUAAGCUUUUACCUUCUUCCUUCAAACCGUCUAUUCAAGUGUGUGUAAAUACAUGUGUCACACCAGCUACUUAUAGUUUUUCUAGUCACAGUGGUAAUGUUUAAGUAUAUUAUGAUGUAUUUGUAUUAAAUUUUUUAUGAAUAUUGUUGUUAAAACAUUGCAUUUUCACUAACUGUAUGUCAAUAUUUAUUCAUAGUUAUAAUUGUUACCUUUUUAUCUAUCUAUCUACAUAUAUAUAGUAUAUUUUAACAUAAUUAAACUACUCUAACGAAGUGAAACUUAUGCACUGCCUCAGUAUUUGUUGUUAGUGGAAAAGCAUUGUUCAUUAGUGUUUUAUAUACAUUUAUUUUAGUACAAAAUGUAAUAAACUUGCCAGUAUUGGUUUGAUGUAAAGACUGAAUGUCAUUUAUGUGUUUGUUUGAAUCUUGUUAUUUUCUUAUCUUUAUAUUUAGGCAAUAAAUAUAAUUAGAACUAGUGAAUAAGAUUUAUUCUAAUUUACAUAAUGUUAUUUUCAUUUGCCUGUAAUUUCAACUUUCAUGUGAUUGUAUGGUAGCUACAUUGAAUUAAUGUUUGUUUUGAUGAAUUGUAUUAACAAUUUUUUUUUUACUUGAUUUAAUGAGUAAGUUACUUGACAUAUUUUUGCAGUGCAGCUUUUUAAAAUUAUUUUUAUAUUGCCUGUAACAAUUAAUAUAACCAAGUAACAAUAAUUGAUAGACUUGAUUAAGAUAAGGAAAAUUAAGCUUAGAAAUUAUGUAAUUAGAGAAGUGCUGAGAUUAAACAAUGUAAAUGGGCACAAAGUAGGAAAUUGAAUGUAAAGCUUCACAUAUAAACCAAAAUAAUGUUGUAGUUACUAGUAACAUAAUACGAAAAAAAAUAGGAUUGAUCUGAAAUUUGCCUCAACCCUUAGUUUUUACAUCCACUUUAACAAUUUAGAUCAAUGUAUUUUAUGGCUAUAAAUAACAUAAGACUGUUUUACUGCUUACACAUGCAAAAUAUGAAGUGUAAUGAGCUUACUAUGUGUAUGUAAUAACUAAUAACCAUUGACUAUUGCCUAAUCCUUCAAUUGAUAUAGAAUUAAAUUACCAUAAUAUUUCUUUCUUAAGUUGUAAAAUAUAGAUUUGUGGUUAUUGAUUAGAUAAUAUUUAUUGUACAUAAUAAUUUGCAAACUGGAUAACAGUAGUGAAAAUAAAUAUUUAUAUCAUCAACAGUAGCUAAGUAGUAUUCACUUGAAUUCUUUAAAAUUUUCCUUUUGAAUGGUACCUACUACCUACAUAAUAUGUAAUUUUUGUGUAAAUAAUAACGGAAGUUUCCUUAAACUGAAUGAACCCAGAUAAUUAUUCAAUCAGAAGCUAUUCUAACGCUAUGUUGACUCUUUGUUGUAAUUUAAGUUUGUUUGAAUAUGUUACGUUCAACUACUAUCAGUCUGGUAAAAACUAAAAUAACUUUAAAAAGAAAAAUCAUAAUUUAUACAUAGGUACCACAUAUUAUUUACGUGUAUUUUCUCAGGACAAACAUACAUCCAUAGACAAUAUGAAAUUUUAUAAUAUAGUUUAAAAUUUUGAAGUUAAUUUAAUACUAAUAGUACAACGAAAAUAUAUUCGUAGACCGGUGCAAAAUGCUAGUAUCGAUUUGACGAUUUGACCAUUUUUGUAGAUUGUUUUUCGAGGAACAACUUUUACAUACAACAUUUUUUCAUUAAGUAAAUAGCUAAGUUCUUACAGCGCUCCGAAGUGAGUACUAUUUUUCAGUACUCUUAACUAUACAGUAUACAUAUUAUAUUAUGUGUGUACUAAUAACAAUUUGUCAUCAGUAAUUAAUACCCGUUUAUACCUGGCAACCCAAUAGUUGUGAGUUGUGACUGGAAAAAAAUAGGCAACCUAACGUUUGCAUAUUGAGGGCGUCAUACUUUCGAUUGAAACUGUUUAAUAAUCAAACCGGUGAAAUGUUUAAAAAUAUUUUCUAUUUUCAAUAAUUAAUUAAUAUUAUUCUGGACUGAAAUUUGUUAGGCAACCCAUUUGCAAUAUAUAUUUAUUGAGAUAUUAACUUUAAUUUAAAAUAUGUUUCAUUAAAAAAGCAUCGCGGUAAAGGUCGUUUUAUAUCGGGAUCCUAUAUAAUUACAAUAACAAUGUACCUUCAGAAAUUAAGUGCACUUAAUUUAUUCACUUUAUAGCUGUUAAUUUAAACGAUCAUGGAUUAUUUAAUUUGACCAGUCAGAUCACAAGGGUCAUAUUACUUGUAAAGUAUUAAAAUUUUGUAGUACUGGCGUUAAAAUAAACCUUAGAAAAUAAUUAUGGUGCCUUUUGUAUUCCACGAAUCCUGCAGACUAAAAAGAUGUAAAUCUAAAAGUACCUAUAUUCUACUUACUAUAAAUGUUAUUGCUAAUGAUUAUUGCUUGAACAGUUGUCUCAAGAUGCCUGGUAACUUUUCUACAACCCUCAUGUAAAUAUUAUAUUAGUAACAUACUGCUAUUUAUACCUACUUUAUAGAAUAAAAUAUUUUAAGCAA